UUCCACUUGGCCAGCAUCACUCGGAGUCCGCAGACACUGCGCUGAUUGAACCAGCGGAGGGGAGCUCAUUUCCAGAGCGCAUGAUUGUGUUAGAAGGGUUCCUUCACUAGACUGUCUGAGGCCGAGAGAGAGAGACAGAAAGAAAAGCCAUUUUCAACCACGCCUUUAAAAGUAAAUAACCCACAAAAGAGGAAACCGGGUUAAAGGAUUCUUUUUUUCUUUGCCAAAGUAGCCUUGAUUGAGUUUGUUAGAAAGGGAAAGUGUUUUUUGGGGGGGGGGUAUAAGAGGGCCGGACUCUCGUGGGGAAACCGAUCAGCGGUAAGAUUCCGGUGCCCGCUUCUCUCCGUGCGUAAAGGUUUAAAAAAAAAAAGUUUAUCUCAUCAAGGUGCUUUUGAGAGGGUAGAAAACUCUCCAUCGCGCUCCCCGGGGAUUGCAAAGCUCACGCAGGACGCCCGCUGGAGGAGGAUAUAUAACUUUUUGUGGGAAGAUAACGAAGGCGUUUCGGUGUAACGGAGAGCCGAGGAGUCCUCUCCGCUCAACCGGGAGGAGCGCGCGCGGCAAAGCACGGCACCUCAGAAACAAGGUUAUGACGGAACUGAGCUGAACAUGGAGCUUUUCUGGAUUUUGUUAUUUUCUAGUGUACAUCCUCUCACCGGGGGCCAAGGAGUUUACGCUCCAGCCAACGCCCAGAUCGUGCACUCAGGCGAAGCGUGUAACGUCAAGGAUGAUAACAUCAGCGAGAGAAUCUACACCAUCAAAGAAGGAGACACGCUAGUUCUUCAGUGCAUUGUCAAAGGACACCCAAGACCUCAGGUACGGUGGACGAAGACGGCUGGCAGUGCAUCAGACAAGUUCCAGGAAAAACCCAUCUUCAACGAAACGCUGCGCAUCGAGUCCAUCAAGAGGAUUAAGGGGGGUCGCUACUACUGCAAGGCCGACAACGGGGUGGGGGUGGCUGCCAUCAAGUCCAUCCGCGUAGAUGUGCAGUACCUGGAUGUACCUGUUCUGACGGUGCACCAGACCAUCAGCGAUGUACGGGGAAGUUACUACCAGGAGAAGACGGUGUUCCUGCGCUGCACCGUCAACUCCAACCCUCCCGCGCGGUUCAUCUGGAAACGUGGGAACGUGCUCAUCGAACAGAGCAAGGACAAUGGAGUGGACAUCUACGAACCCCUUUACACUCAGGGUGAGACCAAGGUGUUGAAGCUAAAGAACCUGAGACCCAGAGACUUUGCCGACUACACUUGCCAGGUGUCCGUCCGUAACGUCUGUAACAUCGAGGACAAGUCGAUCACCUUCAGGCUCACAAAUGCCACAUCUCCGCCGAUCAUCCGGCUGUCGGUGAACGACACGGUGGUGGUGGAUCCCGGGCAGGACGUGCUGUUGAACUGCGAGGUGACGGCCGGUUUCCCCCCCCCUACUGUUGUGUGGUCACUUUACCCCAGAUCGCUUCCCCUCAGCGCCCAAGUUCGAGGGCCAACGCUGAUCCUGCGAGCUGUCACCCUGGACGAUGCUGGGACCUACAACUGCACGGCUGUCAACAACGUGGGAAACCCGGCACGCAAGAUCGUUAAUCUCGUCGUCAGGACAAUGAGCAACCUGACCUUCCAGAUCACACCCGACUCUAACAAGGACAGCGAGACCAUCCAGAUGGGUCGGGACCUCAAGCUGUCGUGCCACGUUGACGCCACCCCACAGGACAAGGUCAACUACACCUGGUACAAGAACGGUGCACCCGUCUUCAACUCGGAGAGCCUGAUUUUGCUGCGCAGCGACCCGGACAUGGCACCCGGCACCAGUAGCUUGGAGAUCGUGGACAUGAAGUUCAGAGACUUGGCUACAUACAGCUGUGUGGCGAACUUCCCUGGCAGCAGGGUGCCGGAGCUCCGUGUGGACGUCAACAUCUCUCAGAACAGCGUCUCCCCUCCGCUGCUGUCGGUUCCACCCGGCGGUCAGGUGGUCAGCGUGCGAGAGGGAGGUAAUGUCGAGCUGGUGUGCUUGGUGGUAGAUGGCAAACCUCGUCCACCUAUACUCUGGUCACGGGCAGAAAAGGACCUGCUGAUGCCAUCGGGGACGGCAGUGAUGGAGACGGCCGAUGGACGUUUGAGACUGAAGAACGUCAGUCGGGACAUGAUGGGGGCAUAUCGGUGCCAGACUGCUCCAUACAACGGGCUGAACAUCAAACGCAGGGAGCUACAGGUCCAACUCAACGUGCAGUUCCCUCCAAUACUGGACCCGGUCUUCCAGGAUGCGCGAUCGAGGAACUCUCAGAUGGUCACCCUGAGGUGUAACAUCUUGCGUUCGAACCCGCCCCGCCUAACAGACAUCCGUUGGUUCCGUAACGGCGACGCCAUCCGCAUGCCCAUGGCUGACCUGAAGGAGAUGCCUGAGCUGAAGUUUAAACUGGAACCUACAAACAAUGGCUCUUAUGAGUGCCGAGUCAGCAAUAACGCGGGGACGUCAACGUGCACGUUUAACGUCUCUGCACAACCUUACAACGCUGAGUUCUACUUCGACACACCGAAUCCAGUGCGAAUUCUAAAAGGAAACAACUAUUCCUACAACCUGCAGUGGACACAGAAAGAUCCCGAGGCUACGGAUCGCAUCAUAGGCUACUGGAUUAAUGUCCGCAAGAACAAGCAGAAUGUGCUCUGGAAGCAGAUAGACCUCAAGGGCAAGGAGCCAGAGCCGGGUGUGCUGAUAUCUCACACCAUAUCAGACCUGAAAAUCCCUCUGUCGUACGAGGUCAGGCUUUCCCCCAUCACCACCUACAGCACUGGAGACUUCGUCAGCCGCAUCAUACAGUACUCUGAACCCUACACCUACCCAAGGCCUUCAGACCAUGUGUGUGGUUUUGAGAACGAAAGGAUUUGUGGUUUCUCUCAAGACCGAAGUGAUAUCUUUGAUUGGACGAGACAGAACCAUCUGACACGGAAUCCCAAGCGAUCUGCAAACACGGGCCCCGACACCGACCGCAGUGGAAGCAAGGAAGGGUACUACAUGUACAUCGAAACGUCAUUUCCACGUCUUCAGGGGGACAAGGCCCGUCUGCUUUCUCCACUUUUUAAUGUGAGCUCAGUCAGGGGCCCCAAGGGCUCCGGCAGAGUCCCAUACUGUGUCUCUUUCUACUACCACAUGAAGGGAAAACAUAUUGGCACUCUCAACGUUCUUCUGAGGGUGAGAAGCAUUGCCUCUGUGGAUUCGGUGGUGUGGAUGAAGUCUGGUCAUCAGGGCCCCGAGUGGAGGAAAGCGUUCUUCGACAUCAGCCCCAGCGGACCCUUCCAGAUCGUGUUUGAAGGAAUUCGAGGCCCGAGUUUCGAGGGAGAUAUUGCCAUUGACGACGUGUCCAUCACCAUGGGGAAGUGCAAGCAGGAAAACACUGUAGCCAGCGCAGGUAAGACAGUUCUGAUAGGUAGAUCACACACGCUCCCAGUGGCCAGCCGGCUGACCUUUGGCCUCUCCUGCAUCCUGCUGCUGCUCUACAGAUGAUGAGUGUUUACCUGCAACUCUGCGUGUCUGUGGUGACAGACGCUGCCCUGACUAGCGCACUUACACUUCUCUCUUUCCUCCUGUCAUUACCUCUACUUACCCGUCUCAGUGUCCAUCCUCCUCAACGCGUUUCUGUCUCUGCAUUGAUUUCACUUGCUGAGAUAAGUGGUAACUCAAAGUCCUGUUUUCAAUCCUCUGCUUUCUUUUAACCCCCCCCCCCUUCCUCCCCCACCCCAGACACUGACUGUGCAUACUCUAUUUAAGGUAUACAGACGUAGUGACCUUUGAUCGUUGUACUUCACACUCCUCCCCACUGUCACGCUAUUUAUUCAUUUGAGCCAUUAACUGGACCCACGUCGGCGUGACACUUUGCGACCGUCUCCUCUCCUUCAUCAACCUCUAUCAAUACUUACACGUAUCUCCAUUCCCUCAACCCACAAUCCCCAACGGCCCGUAUCGCCCUGCUCCCCAGACACACCAAAGUGUCAGACACUCAACCAAAGAUGACAAAGGACCCGAGGGAUAUAACGAGGAAACAAGGAUUCCAAGAAGAGAGCAAAGGAGAGAGAGAAAGUGGAUGAAAUCUUACUUUUUACACAGAGGCCGUCUCCAUUCCGUCCCAACCUUUGGGGCCGUGGGAGCAACUAAGAGACACACGAAGAAGGACUGUUGAAUAAAUUAAUGAAUAAACAAAUGAAUGCUGAGUGAAGGACAAAGCAGAAACAGAAAAAAAUGAAGUGUGCUUCUGGCUUCUACUUGCCACAAGAGACAAACCUCAGUGCGGAAAAUACGUGUACAUUUAUCUCUAUAUAUAUUAAAUAUAACAAAGUUUAAACUAAAACACAACUAGGACAGUUGAGGACUUUACAAAGUGAAAUUCAAGAAGCACAACGUUUAUACAACCUCUGCUGUUCCUUUUGGUUUUAUUCUACUUAUUAUGUGAUGUUGCAGUUUGUCAGACCUAUUCAAUGUUUUUGAUAUUUUACUUUCUUGUUUUGUUUAAGGGUCCAUGGCAAUGGGUAAUAAAGUAUUAUAUUAAUAUUUCUAAGGAGAAUAGAAGAUGAUUUUUGAUCCAGAACCUGAAAGAGAGAGAGAGAGGCAAGGAUGACCUGAGCCACCUGGAUAGAAAUCUCAACUUUUCCUCGCACAUACUGAAGACACACACACAGUUUUCCUUGCUGACAUCACAGGCCGGCCCUGAGUCUCUUCCCCACAUACAUGUCUUGACUGUGAAUUACACAUUUAUAAGGAAAACCAUGGAUGGUAGACGCAACUUUAACAUUUCUGCUCACAUGCCCCAAACCUCUUAUCACUGGACAUCACGGUUGAUUGACCCCAACAGAAUAGCUGGACAUAUCUCUAAUGAAGAGAAACGUAUGAUGUUCAUUUGAAUACUCUGCAGGUGAUUCAAUGUUGUGUAUGAAUUUCCCGUACACUUCUUUCACAAGAGUGAAGCAUGGAAAAUAUUGUCAGUGUCUGGCUGGUGUGCAAAGUGGAUUGCAUAUUAGAUUCUCUGCCAUAUUUUAGUUUAGUGUUAAUGUCUUUAAUGUUUCACAGUUUUUCCAUAACCAUAAAGAUUUGAUUGUUAAAGUUAAGCAAUACUCAAUCAAUACAUCCUAUUGCUUCAAAGAUGGCAGUUCAUUCUGCAGAAACACCAUCUUGUCUAAAACGCAUCGUAAUGGGGACUUCUCAUCAUUUGUAGUUUCCUUUUGUUAUAAUAGUAACUAAAGCUGAAGGUAUUUCAGUCGUUCGGGGGGAGGGGGUAGAAAGCAUGUUUGCAUUUGGCUGCUUCAUGCUUCAACUUAUCUCUAGAAUUCCCAGUCACUCGGCUACAAUAACUUGUGUAUAGUAAAAUGCUUCAUUACCAUAUGCAUUACAUGCAAAUCAUGUCGACACAUAAUGUACUUUUGUCUGUCAAUUGAAAUUUGCACUUAUUUCAUUUUUUAAUUUCCGUCAGUGCAAAUUGCAUUGUUGAUUUCUUAAUCGUGAAUAGUAAAUAACACACAGAAAUAUUGUGCUUUCUUGACAUGCCCAGUCAGCUGUUACUACUGUAUGUGUAGAACAUCAUCAGCAGUGUAAGGCAUGCUUGACAAACCACAGUGUAGGAAACAGAUAAGGAAGUCAUUGAAAAUCUUCUGAAGGAAAACUCUCCCUAUUCCUGUAUCACUGUUCUAUCUCUGUCAUUAUACAUUUACUUUGGCAAGAUGAGUAAACCUGAUGGCAGGUUUUAUUUGAAUGAUACAAUAUAUUUUAGAAAUGUUUGCAAUCUGAGUAAUAUGCUUUCCUGUAAUGUAGCUUGGUCAAUCUGCGAUCAUAUUAUAGUAAUAAUAAUAAUAAAGCUAAGCUGAACAUAUUUUAAACAUUCUAUAAUACCUUCAAAAUGUUUCUGUCAUCAUCUAAAAAGACAACUUAACAAAAAGUGUUUUAACCAUUCAUUGUAACGACCACAAUUCCACUUGCAUAUUUGACCAAGGGAAUUGGCCAUAUGUGGUAUUUAUCAGCUUACGUUGUACAGUAUCAUAAGCUUUACUCAGCUCUAAAGCAGCGAACUGUAGGGUCAUUGUGUUACACAUGUCAUAAUAAAUACAUUUCAGAAAUAUCAUUAAGAAAUGUUGUGUAAGGCAUUUCAUUGUGCUUAUUGUCAAACCAUCGCUCAUACUGGCCCAUAUUGUAAUGUCUAGAAACAGAGGAAACGGCACCAUUAUCAUCAUUGCACUUGGACACAUGACCACUGAAUCAACAGAAUACUGUUGACGUCUUAAGAUGCAUUAUCUGUCACCUUUGUUCUAUUUCCCAAAAUGACACAGAAAAUCCCAUUGGUUGUGUUUUGCUGUUGUAUGACGAUGUAUAACUCAAGUUCACAUUGACAGAAAAUCUGAAUAUCACAGCAUGCCACAUUCAACAACCCAUGGCUGAGCUUUCCAUCCAUCAUUGUGUUGACCGUUUAAGCAUCGCAUUGUCAUUUUUUACCAAAAUUAAAGUAUGUGGCAAUAUGGUACAGUGCGUAAGUAACUGUCACUCUAUCCAAUGACUUUACAAAAAUGUAUUCAGAAUGUUCCUCGAAAACUGGCUCAUUAUGGUCAACUGGUUCAUGAUUAGCUUUGGGUCCCAGUAUUACCGUCCAUACGGAGUACUCAAGAGAACGUACAUCAAACAAUUGCAAUAUUUUAGACAUGGUUUAGGUAAUUGCCUUUUUAAAAUAGUAAUCAAACCACAACACUUAAUUUUUGCUGGAACGCGCAGAAGGGUGAAGUGUCCAUUACUCUUCCGUGGUCCAAUCUCAUGCUGAAGAGAAUUAAAUUAAAGGCUUUUGUCAACAAUAACAACUUUUUUCUUAAGGGACUUACGUUAUGGAUUUGAAAUAAAAAAAGAAAAUUUAAUUUAAUUAAAUGAUGGCGAUGAAUGCAAACCAAAGACUAGACAACUAGCCAAAAGUUCACCACAUGAUUUAGUCAUAAAAGGACCUAAACUGUUGGACGUAAUUUUAUCAGGCCAGUUUAUAUUUACCUAGUGUAAAGAUUUGUCUAUUCCAGAAUGUUACAUUCCGUCCUUUGUAUUUCAGUUGCAAUGUUUUCAUGUAGAAUAAGUUAGCAAAAUGCCAUGGCCCUGUGCAGAGGGCUCUAAAAGCACACACUGUAGUUUGGGUAUCUUUUUAUGUACAUUAGAUGUAAGCAACGUUGUAUCAGCAACAUGCUAAUUCAUCUGUUUACUUCACUUCACUUCACUUCACUUUGGAACUGCUCAUGUUAAAAUACCGGCUCAUUGUCAUGCCAGUUUGUAGGAUAGUCUCUGAAAUUCAAUAUAUUGUUUUUGAGUAAAUGGAGACAAAAUGUCCCUUUUUUUUCCUUGCGGCUUAGCGCAACUAUAAUUCACCAUCAAUUUGGAUCAUAGAAAUUCAACGCAUCCACGUGACUAUGCAACAGUCAGAGUGAGUGAGAUUCAAUUAUUUAUCAAGAAAGACCCCUUACGUUGAGCCGGAGUGAUAGUGGAUGGUGUCCAAGAAAACACAGAACAACAUCGACGCGGCUGGUGUUCAACGCUGUUUGUCCCAAAGUGUUGUUGUGAAUUAACGCUUUUGCGAUGUUUUUCCUGAAACCAUUUAGUGUUUUUGUUGUGUAAACCAUUAAAAUACAUUUUGAGACUA